AUGCCAAAUGACAUCCAGCUUGUUUGCCGUAUCCGUGGAGAGCAGCUUAAUUUUACUGUGAAAUAUGACUAUAAACCAAACUUUGUUGGAGAUGUUGAAGAAUUCGUCUUCGUCGCGUCAUUUGAUAACAUUAAUCGAACGAAUACCACUCAAAUAUCUAAGUUGACGGCAGAAUUCAAAUGA